AUGGUUUUCAGUGGAAGUGCACUAUGUUUCAUAACUUUCACUUGUUUCUUGCACUUAGCAAAGCCUUCAAGCGUGAACCAAGACACUUUAUUCCAGGGUAAUAAUCUCACAACAACUAAAAGCCUGAUUUCAUCUUCAGGUUUAAUCACUCUGUGUUUCUUUCAGUUGGGUGGCUCUAAAGAUUUUUAUCUUGGAAUUAGACUAUCAUCUCGCAAUUCAAGUUCUGAUUAUUUUUGGAUAGCCAAUAGAGACACGCCAAUCCAAGACCCUUCAGGGUAUCUCACAAUAGAUGAACAUGGUAACAUGAAAAUUAUUUCCGACAAGGGAAAUUCAAAUCCCACUAUCAUGCUCUAUUCUGCUGAAGCGGCAAGUAACAAGAACAAUACUAUUGGUGCCAUCCUUGAGGACACUGGUAACUUCAUGCUUCGUGAGAUGAAUCCAGAUGGGUCAGUUAAAGGGGUAUUAUGGCAAAGCUUUGAUCACCCCUCAGACACACUUAUACCUGGGAUGAGACUUGGAUUUGAUAGAAAAACAGGCUAUAAUUGCUCUUUAACAUCAUGGAGAAGUGGUGUGUCUCCUUUGUCAGGGUCUUUCGCACUUGGGAUUGAUCCCAAAACAAAUGAACUAGUGAUGUGGUGGACAGGAAUGAUUGUUUGGAGUAGUGGAAAAUGGAACAAUGGAACUUUUGAAAAUUUACAAUCAUCACUAUUCAAAAGUGACUUCAGUUUUGAGUACUUUUCAAAUGAAAAUGUAACAUAUGUAAAAUAUGGUCGAAACCCAACAUAUGGUUGGAUUUCCUUAGGAUCUUUGGGUGCAAUAGUUGGAAGCAGUGGUAACUCUUAUUCAUGCACUAAUCGGUACUUUCUCGAUGGUUGUUCAAUGCCAAUUCCACCUAAAUGUAGGGACCAAGAUAGUUUAUACUUGGGCACGUGGAGUAGCUACGGGGUCAUGUUAGGGAAUGGGUUCAAAUUUGAUGAAAAGGACAACUUGACUAAUUUUGAUUGUUGGAUGAAGUGCUUGAAUAAUUGCUCUUGUGAAGCCUACUCUUAUGUUAAUCAGGAUCAAACUGGCUGCGAGAUAUGGAGCAAUGGCACAACCAGCUUUCAAGCCUCUGAUAAUUUCAUGGCUGAGGGGCGACAAAUUUACUUCAUUCGCACAGGACAAGGCAAGAAUAUUAGAAGGAUACGGAUCAUAGCUGCAAUAUGUGGACCUCUUCUCUUUAUCAUCUUGUGCUUCACGUGCAUUAAGUUGUGGAGAAAACGCAAAGAAAGAGCUGAAAAGCGUAUGAAGCAAAUAAACCCAUUAUCUAGUAUUGAAAGAAACAUUGCAAAUUCCCCUGACUAUGGUGAAAAAAGAAAAGAGAGGAAUGACGGAAUGACGAGUGAUGAUACACAUAGAUUCGACUUUCAAACUAUUCUUGAGGCAACUGCUAAUUUUUCACCCACCAAUAAGAUAGGGGAGGGUGGCUAUGGACCUGUCUAUAAGGGGAAACUGGCAAAUGGACAAGAAAUAGCUAUAAAGAGACUUUCGAAAAGCUCAGGACAGGGAUUGAUAGAGUUCAAAAAUGAAGUGAUGCUAAUAGUCAAACUCCAGCACACUAAUCUAGUGAGGCUUCUUGGUUUUUGUAUCGACAGAGAAGAAAGAAUAUUAGUCUAUGAGUACAUGCCCAAUAAUAGCUUGAAUUUAUAUCUCUUCGAUUCCAACAAAAGAAACGUGUUGGAAUGGAAUGUACGACGUACAAUUAUUGAAGGAGUUGCACAAGGACUUGUGUAUUUACAUCAAUAUUCAAGAUUGAAAGUGAUACAUAGAGACUUGAAAGCUAGCAACAUUUUACUUGACAAUGAGUUGAAUCCAAAAAUAUCUGACUUUGGAAUGGCUAGAAUACUUGAAUUGACAAAAACAGAAGAAAAAACUAAUAGAAUUGUUGGAACAUAUGGCUAUAUGUCUCCAGAGUAUGCUAUGAUGGGUGUCAUCUCAACUAAAGUUGAUGUUUAUAGCUUUGGCAUCCUAUUGCUGGAGGUUGUGAGCGGAAAGAAAAAUAGUGAUGAUUACCCACUAAAUCUUGUAGUUUAUGCGUGGAAACUAUGGAAUGAAGGCGAAGCACUAAAGCUAAUGGACACAAUGUUGGAUGGGUCAUACCCUUCUUUCCAAGUGUUACGCUACAUUCAUAUUGGUCUCUUAUGCACUCAAGAUCAAGCAAGAGCCAGACCCACUAUGCUUGAGGUUGUUUCUUUUCUGUCAAAUGAAAAUGCCCAAUUAUCUCCACCUAAAAAACCAGGAUUUUGUACCAUUGAAACCAAGAAAGAAAUUGGGCAGCAUAAAAGUUAUUCCGUAAAUGAGACAACAAUUUCAUUGUCAUCAGGUAGAUAA